UUUUGCAACUUGGGCAGCAUCAUGGAUACCCCGCUACGGCGCAGCAGGCGGCUGGAAGGCCUGAGGCCCGAGGCGCCCGAGAGAUCCGCCUCGGUUUUGAAAGCGGCCGUCGUGGAGAUCGAGUCGAAUGCAGAAAAAACGACGGGGCCGAGGUCUCGGAGCUUGCGGGAGCCGGGCCUGGGAUCCCCGGGAUCAUCCGAUCAGCAGCAGUGUGCAACCUUGGGGCACCCCCAAGUGCUGCCAGAACCGUACUCAGGGUCCCCCCAGCCCUUGCAGCAUCCAGGCCCAGGCGUAGACUCACCCCAAAGACGGCCAGAGUCGUGCCCAGGUAACCCCCUGCUUGAGCCAAGGCCAAAGGAGUCCCCCAAAAGAAGCGACAGCCGAGAAGAAGAGGGUUCGGGCUUGGUUCGGAAUCUGGAGAAGCUAGGCCCGGGAUCCCCCAAACAUAAGCUACUACAGCCAGGCCCAGAGUCUCCAGAACCUUUUCUAGGCCUUCAAGCCCCUGGUCCUGAACCCUCAGGGCCUCCCCGGGAGCUGGCAAGCCAACCACCCGAGUCCCCUCGGGGUCCCCCUGAGUCGAAGACGACACCCCCAACCCGGAUUGAGGCGAAGGACGAUAUUCGGGCAAAGAAGCAGAAAGGGGCCCCCGCCCAAGCCCCGGCGUUUAAGAAGUUCAAGGAGGAGAAGGAGGCGGUUCUCGUAAUCCCCAAAGGGAAGCCUAAAUCGGGGCGUGUGUGGAAGGAUCCCUGCAAGAAAAGGUUCUCCCACAUGGUGCAGGACAAGCCUCUGCGCACCUCUUGGCAGCGAAAGAUGAAGGAGCGGCAGGAGAAGAAGCUGGCCAGGGACUUCGCGAGACACCUGGAAGAGGAGAAAGCACGGCGCCGUCAGGAGAAGAAGGAGCGUCGAGCCGAGAACCUGAGACGCCGCCUGGAGAACGAGCGCAAGGCCGAGGUCGUCCAGGUGAUCCGAAACCCUGCUAAGCUGAAGCGGGCCAAGAAGCGGCAGCUGCGCUCCAUUGAGAAGCGGGACACUCUGUUCGCCCUGCAGAAGCAGCCUCCUCAGCGGCCUGCAGCCACAAGCUGAACUCACCACCUGGAGUCAGGGGCAUCUCUGGACUGGCUCCAAAGCAGGAGAACCCCACUCCCAUGCAUGGCUCUUUGCUUAUGAGACUUUCUGGCUCAGAGACCCAAGAGAAAUCUGGGUCCUGGCAGGCAUGGGAAGAGAAGUACAGCAUCUCCUGCUGCCUUUACCCAAGUGCCUCAACCCCACCAUCUAUUUUUGUUUGUUUUGGUUUGAGGCCAUACCCUGCAGGUCUCAGAGGUUACUCCUGGUUCUGUGCUCAGAAAUCGUGCCUGACAGGCUGGAGGAC